UAUUUCCUUUUCCCAGUCACCGUUGAGAAACCCCCACUAGCAGUAUGGAGAGUAAACAAUCUUUAUGUUACUUUAGUUUCAAUAAACUCUUCUACCCACCCCCAUUAAAACCCACACUAAAAAGCUCUCUCCUUAAAUUUCCAAACUUUAAAUAUUCCCUUAUCUCUUCUCUGCCAUUGUUUUGGUUCUACUCGUUUUACAUCCAAAGGCUGAUUUACCAUUCCAGAAAUUUACAUUUGAACAGUCUUUUUGUGCGUGUUAUUAUUAUUACUUGUGCUGCUUAUUUAUAUCUUUCUUUCACCACCAUUAGACUAUUUGUUUCCUGUUUAUUUAAGAACAUGAACAAAAAUGGGAAAAGAAAACAUAAAAACUAGGAGCGUAUCAAGGAAACUCUGCAAAAAUCCGAAAUAGCUGCGUAAAAGAUUUCAUCUGUAUGCCAGGGGGCUCCUCUCAUCUUCUCUGAACUUCAAAGGUUCCAUCUUUCAUUUCUUUGAUUCAGUUCCUUUGCUAUUUUAUUGUCUUCCCUUAUUAAGAUCUCUUGGUUGUUUUUUUAUCUGUAUUAUUGUUUGCUAUUUAUCAGUUGUUUAUCUAAGAACCCAGGAUUUUGGUGCCUGUUAAGCACAAAUAAGAUUCAAACUUUGGCGUUCUGUUACUUGAUAGGAUUUUGCGAUGAUGGGUUGUAAGAUGUUUGAAUUGCUUUUCUGGGUUUCAUCAGUCCUAUGUUUUGCAUGCUCUGCUAGAGGGUUUAAACCUGCAGACAACUACCUUAUUGAUUGUGGAUCACCUAAUAAUAACACAAUAGGUGGUCGAGUUUUCAUGGCUGAUGAGUUUGCCUCUAAAUUCCUUUCUGCACCACAAGGUGUUGUUGGAAACACUUCAAAAUCGAUUACCUCUUCCGCUGUUUCACGGCUCUAUGAAACAGCAAGAAUCUUUACCGGUGUAUCUGAGUACACUUUUUCUAUCAGCCAAGGAGGAAGACAUUGGAUUCGCCUUUAUUUCUAUCCAUUUGUUUAUGCUAGUUAUGAUUUGAGGUUGGCUAGGUUCGACGUAUCCACUGAAAACCAUGUCCUUCUCAGCAGUCUCAGUGUUGGAGCACCUCUUGUCAAAGAAUUCUCUGUUAAUGUAACCACCAACAGCCUCACAAUCACAUUCACUCCUUCAGAGAAUUCAUUUGCUUUUAUAAAUGCUUUAGAAGUUGUUUCGGCCCCUGAUCGGCUCAUUCUGGACGAUGCUCGUACCGUUAAACCGUCGAUGGGGUUCCAAGGCUUGAUGUGGCAGGCACUAGAGACGGUUGCUAGGGUGAAUAUGGGAGGACCGAUGGUCUCCUUCGACAACGAUACACUUUCUCGGACAUGGGUGCCUGAUCAGAGUUUUCUUAUUGAAAAGAAUCUUGCCUCAAGUGUAUCGAAUAUUAGAUCUGUUAAGUAUGUUGAUGGUGGAUCAACACCAGAGAUUGCUCCAGCUUCUGUUUAUGGUACCUGCACCAAGAUGAACUCCUUAGGCGAUCCUAAUAGCAACUUCAAUGUGACCUGGGAAUUCAAUGUGGAUCCGGGAUUUCAUUACCUUGUUAGGUUUCAUUUUUGUGAUAUUGUCAGCUAUUCUCUUAAUCAGCUGUAUUUCAAUGUUUUCAUUGACUCCUCUAUGGUUGUUCGGGACCUUGAUCUCAGUACUUACUUGGUUAAUGUUUUGGCUGCUGCAUAUUAUAUGGAUUAUGUUACAGAUUCAGCCGUAACGAAUAAGCUUCGAGUAAGCAUCGGUCCAUCGGAUUUACAUGAUGUUUACCCUGAUGCUAUACUAAAUGGGCUUGAAAUCAUGAAAUUGAACAAUUCAUAUGGCAGCCUUACAGGCUCGGGAACUGCGAGUACUUCUCGUUCAAGUUCAAAGAAGAAAGUUGGCGCUAUAGUCAGUGUUAGUGUUGGGGUGGCUUUUGGAGUGCUGUUGGCAGGAGUUUUGUUUAUGUUCUGGAGACAAAGAAGACAACUGGCAUGCAGGAGGGAAUCGAAGACAUGGGUUCCUUUUUCAACUAAUGGAGGAACUUCACACACCAUGGGGAGCAAAUACUCCAAAGGAACGACUGCCAGUCUCAAUUCGAAUACAGGGUAUCACAUUCCUUUCCUAGCUGUUCAAGAAGCCACCAAAAACUUUGAUGAAAGUUGGGUUAUUGGGAUCGGAGGUUUUGGUAAGGUGUACAAGGGAGAGCUGAAUGAUGGUACAAAAGUAGCUGUUAAAAGGGGAAAUCCCCGGUCCCAACAAGGACUUGCCGAAUUCCAGACUGAAAUUGAGAUGCUAUCCCAGUUCCGCCACCGCCAUUUGGUGUCUUUGAUCGGUUAUUGUGAUGAAAAGAAUGAGAUGAUAUUGAUUUAUGAAUAUAUGGAGAAUGGGACACUCAAGAGUCAUCUGUAUGGCUCAGGCUAUCCAAGUUUAAGUUGGAAACAAAGGCUUGAAAUAUGCAUUGGAGCAGCUAGAGGACUCCAUUACCUUCAUACAGGCUAUGCUAAAGCAGUUAUUCACCGUGAUGUGAAGUCUGCGAACAUUUUACUUGACGAGAAUCUCAUGGCCAAAGUUGCUGAUUUCGGGCUGUCAAAGACGGGUCCUGAAAUUGAUCAAUCUCAUGUCAGUACAGCUGUGAAGGGAAGCUUCGGGUACUUGGAUCCAGAAUAUUUCAGAAGGCAACAACUGACGGAGAAAUCCGAUGUGUAUUCGUUUGGAGUGGUUUUGUUUGAAGUUCUUUGUGCUAGGCCAGUGAUAGACCCAACUCUCCAAAGGGAAAUGGUAAAUCUAGCUGAAUGGGCAAUGAAAUGGCAGAAAAGAGGACAGUUGGUGCAAAUAAUUGACCCUAAUCUCAAAGGAAACAUCAAGCCUGAUUCCCUUAGGAAGUUUGGAGAAACUGCUGAGAAAUGCUUAGCUGAUUUUGGAGUGGACAGGCCCUCCAUGGGGGAUGUCUUAUGGAACCUGGAGUAUGCUCUUCAACUUCAGGAGGCUGUCGUUCAAGGCGAUCCCGAAGACAACAGUAUGAACAUGAUCGGCGAUCUUUCUCCGCAAAUUAACGAUUUCAGUCAGCUUGAUCCCACUGUUUCGUCUGCUCGGUUUGAACUGUCAAGUGUAGAUGACCUCUCAGGUGCUUCAAUGAGUAAAGUGUUCUCGCAACUGGUGAAGUCCGAAGGCAGGUGAAUAUAUGAUAUAUAAAACAAAUGAUUAUAUGGUUUUCGCUGAUCCACCAAUGCUUGCAACAUCCUAGUAGAUAAACUAAAUUUUCUUUACUUUGUUUCGAAAGGUCGAAUGUUCGAGUUCCUUUGUUUUUUCAUGUAUUAUGCUGGUUUCUUUGGUUAGUCAUCCGACAAGCCAGGUUGAAGCUUUGUUCUAAAAUGAACUUGCAUAAAGAGUUGUGACCACUUUCAUGUACAGAAAUGCAAAUUGGCCAAUCAGUGAGUGAAUCACUGAGUCACUGCUUUA